AUGAAUUCUUACUCUGUCGAUUGCAAUUUUGUUGCUGACCUCAAGAAUAGUCAGACCGUUACUCUCUCCAACGACAAGAUUAGAGUCACUAUUGCCGAGUACGGUCUCUACCUCCUCAGCCUCGAGAGUGCUGAUCGUAACGGCAAGUUCUCUGCAGUCAACCUCAACUACGGUCACGAAUUGUCCAAGUAUGUUGAUGACACCUUUUACCUAUGUUGUGUAGCAGGCAGAUAUGCUAAUAGAAUUGCCAAUGGUCGUAUGACGAUCGAUGGUAAGGAGUAUCAGUUGACCACCAAUAACGGUCCUCAUUGCCUUCAUGGUGGCACCGAUGGUUUCAACAAGAAAAUUUGGAAACAUACGGAUUCCUACCGCGAUGAAAAGUCUGCGUCUGCAACCUUUACGGUUCGAUCUGAGGACGGCGACCAAGGUUUCCCUGGCAACUUGGAUGUUACUGUCGUUUUCACCAUCACUGGCAACAAGUUCACCAUGGAGUAUUAUGCCACCACUGACGCUCCCACCGUCGUCAAUCUCAAUCACCACACCUACUUCAACUUGGACAACGACCAUUCGCAGACUAUAUGCAAGCACGAGUUGUGUUUGCCUAACGCUGAGAAGUUCGUGAAGGUUGAGAACGGCGGCAUCCCCAUUGAGGGCCCCCCAGCUGAUGUCAAAGGUACUCCUUUUGAUUUCUUAACUCCGAAACUUAUUGGUGAUGCUCUCUCCCAAACCGAUGAACAGUUGACUGCAAUGAACGGUCUUGAUCACAACUAUGUUCUCUCUGGCAAGCCCGGCGAGUUGAGGAAGUUGGGCAGUCUAUAUUGCGCAGCCUCUGGUCGCCGUGUGGACAUCAGCACUACCCAACCUGGUGUUCAAGCAUACACUGGCAAUUUCUUGACCAAGAAGAACAAUGCUAUUGCCCUUGAGUCUCAGCAUUAUCCCAACUCGCCAAACCGUGCUGACUUCCCUUCAACUCUUCUUAGGCCCGGAGAGAAAUACUACUCGAAGACCGAGUAUGUCUUCAGUGUGGUCGCGUGA